GCAUAGUUGCACACAUUGGUGAUGUCAUCACGCGAUGUUUCCAAUGCUAUGGCGUACCAGGAAGGGGAGACGCUAGAAUCCUGGCUCAAUAAAGCCACCCAUCCAACAAACAGACAGGAGGAUUGGGAGUACAUCAUCGGUUUCUGUGACCAGAUCAAUAAGGAAUUGGAAGGUCCCCAGAUAGCUGUCAGGUUGCUGGUUCACAAAAUCCAAUCGCCGCAAGAAUGGGAGGCGCUUCAGGCUUUAACAGUAUUAGAGGCAUGUAUGAAGAACUGCGGGAGAAGGUUUCAUAAUGAAAUCGGGAAAUAUCGGUUUCUGAACGAGCUGAUCAAAGUUGUUUCUCCCAAGUACAUGGGAGACAGAGUACCAGAGAAGGUAAAGACAAAGAUCAUUGAGAUGCUGUACAGCUGGACAGUGGCUUUCCCCAACGAGGCCAAAAUCAACGAAGCAUACCAGACACUAAGGAGACAGGGUCUUGUAACUAUGGACCCUGAGCUCCCAGUGGACAAGACUCUGAUUCCUUCACCCCCCACACGUCCCAAGAACCCUGUGUUUGACAAUGAGGACAUGGGCAAGCUACUAGCAGAGCUUCUGAGGAGCAAAAACCCAGAGGACCUGCAGGAAGCCAACAGGCUCAUCAAGAACAUGGUGAAGGAGGACGAUGUCAGGGUUCAGAAAGUGACCAAACGCAUCCACACCCUGGAAGAGGUGGGCAUCAACGUCAAGCUGCUGAGUGAGAUGCUGUCCCACUACGACAAGGACAGGUCCUCCCAGUCAGACAGAGAGAUCAUCAAGGAACUAUACGACCGCUGCGACAAGUUGAGACGCGCUGCUUUCAAAAUGGCCACAGAGACUGAAGAUAACGACACAAGUUUAGGUGACAUCCUGCAGGCCAGCGAUGACCUCUCACGGGUCAUCAACUCCUACAAGAAGAUUGUCAAGGGACAGACGGUGAAUGGAGACAUCGAGGAUCCUAGAUCUGCAGCUGGUGAAGAGACCACAGGGAACAGUUACAACACAGAGACCUUGAUUGACCUGGCUGGCAUUGACGUUCCAAACUCCACCUCUCCUCCGCCUGCCCCUCUCCCGUUGGUCUCCGAUCACACUUCAGCCAAUCACCUGGGGUUCCCAAUCCCUGUCUUGCCUCCUCCUCCAAAAAGGUUGGCCGGGUUGCAUGCCAGUCAGAACAACAGCCCCAGCCACCCAGCCACCGACAAGGCCCUCAACUCUCUCUCUCUCCUUGACGAUGAGUUGCUGUCCUUAGGCCUGAACGAUCCAGUUCCUUCUCUGAACAGCCAAUCAAAACCAAAGCUGAAUGAAAUAGCGAAUCCGUGGACCUCCUUACAGGCUGCUGACCCCGGCCUUGACUUGUUUGGUGCUAUAGCAGGGCCAGGCCUAGUAUUUCCCCCAGUCCAGCCAGCGCCAGCCCCCGCCACGGCCCCCGCCACCCACAGCCUCCAGGACCUCCAAGACAUGGCCAUGCUGGACUUUGGAGAGCCAAAGAGUUUGCGUGUUGGCGGCGGAUUCGGGAUGGCAGCCUCUAUGGGGGCCGUAGUACCACCCUCCUUGGGGGCCAUGGUACCCCAGGUCCCCUUCUCCUCGACCUCCCUCCUCCCUGGCCCCAUGCCUGGCUCCCCUGCGGUGUCCCACACCAAAGCCCAGACGCUGAGCUCUGCCCCGGGCAGCCCCCUGUUCAGCUCCCUCUCCCCCUUCCACCACUCCUCCUUCCAGGGGGGCAGCCCAGCCAGGGGGCUAGGACCGGAGGCCUCCCUGGGCAACGUGCACGUCCCCCUGGAGGCCAUCAGACCCAGUAAAGCGCUCCCUGUAACAGCCUAUGAUAAGGACGGGGUGCGUGUGCUGUUGAACUUUGCCUCAGACUGUCCCCCUUGCAGACCAGACGUGCUGGUAUUAGUGGUGUCCAUGCUGAACACUGCACCACUGCCCGUUCAGAACGUGGUCCUUCAGGCCGCCGUUCCCAAGUCCAUGAAGGUGAAGCUGCAGCCUCCGUCAGGAACAGAGCUGCCUCCCUUUAACCCCAUCCUUCCCCCGGCCUCCAUCACACAGGUCAUGCUACUGGCCAAUCCCCUGAAGGAGAAGGUCCGUCUGCGCUACAAGCUGGCGUUCACUCUCGGAAACAGGCAGUGCUCAGAGGUGGGCGAGGUGGACCAGUUCCCCCCGCCAGACAGAUGGGGUCACCUAUAGCCACCCCCAUACACCACAGAGCCGAGCCAGAACGGGCCAAACCAACACUCCAUGAUGGGGGUGUUAACCACACAUACCCCAGAGAGAGAGAGAGAGAGAGAGAGAUAGAUGAGCCAAGGAGAGGAUAGGGUGGGAGAACUGUGCUGCAAUGUUACAGUACCAACAUAGUGCUGUCUACCAGCCAACCAUUCUGUUUCUUUUAGAUUGUUUUGAUAUUUACCGUUUUUGUAAUUGCCCAGUUGCUAUUGAGGCAAUUGUAACUUUGUAAGCAUAAUAUAGCAUACAUUGAAGUUUAAGCCAGUUUUACAAUAGCUUCCAGAGCUUGUAUUGAAUAUUAUUCCAGAACUGCAUCUCAACUGAAGGGUUACAAGUGCUUUUUCCAUGUUUCAGAAAUUGAUACAAAGAUGCACCAAGUGUCACUCUUUAUUUGUUAUUAAGUAUGUUCAUUAACUGAGAACAUCUACAAGGUAUUUUAGCAGGCCAGCCAGUUGUCCCUUAUACAGCACUGCAGGACAUUUCCUAACAAACGUAGUCCCGCCCACAAGACUUGCUGGCAAAGGAAAUAUAAUCAACACUACAUCCAUUAUUAUGGCGAGACACAUACAUACAGUGUAUAUACUGUGUGUAUAUAUAUAUAUUUGUGUGUAUGUAUAUAUAUAUUUACAGUAUAUAUGCCAAUGUUUAUACCACAGCAUUGUUGAAUGCUUGUUUCUAAUGAGCUAGAAGGGACAUUAUUAUUCAGAGCUUAUAACUAGGAAAAAAUGAUUGAUUAAUCCUAUACCUGGAAUAGAAUUUGGUGAAAUCCGGGAAUCUUAUCCGGAGGACUUGCUAGCAUGUUAGCUCAGAGUAGCUCAUACUUAAAACUUGAGUCAAGAUACAGAAAGUUAUGUUGAUUAGAUGUGGGUGCUAGCUGGCUGUUGACAAAGGCCUCGAACAUGAUUCCAUGAGGUGUUUCAAUAUUUCUUCAGUGCAUAUCCAGUGAUCACGCUUAUUAGACAUAAUUGUGGCAAUUAUGACAUUGUUUUAAAGUGUUGUAUAUUGUGUUUCUCAAUGAUAUUAGUUAUUUAAUGGGUUUGCUGGAACAUCUUUAGGUCUUACCACAUACUAAUAUACAGCUACUAUUUUGAUGACUGGGUUUCCUAGCAACACUGUAAUCAAUAUUGUGGUUACUCCUGGCAUGCUUCUGUAAGUUGUCAUCAUAAAUGCAUGCCAUAGCUGGUUUCUAUUUGGUUUAAUGUACGGGUUCUUCUUAUGCUCCCUCUGAUGCUUGCCAUCUGGUUUAACUAUGGUGUUUGAGCUUUCAAAGUGGUCUGUCAACCCGAGUUAAGAUAUCCAUUAGUCCUGAGUUUUAGGAUGUGUAUUAUUUUCUCCAUUGUCAGUAUUGAAAUUGUAUUUUAUUUAUUUCAGUUGUAGUAUUUCAGUGCAUCACUGAAUUGACCAAGCUUAACACUGGCUGAAAGUGUCAUCUGACAAGUUGGAACUAACAUGGAGGAAGGUGAAACCAAGAAGUCAAAAUCAUUUCCAGUAAUAUUGAGCCCACAAUAGGGCAGUGAUUUCAUACUUCAUCGAUGAUGAAAGGUUGAGUCGCUAACCUUCAUCCUAACAUUCAAAAGGAAUGGACGGAUAUGAGAAUAUGGUUGAAACACCUUACCCAUGCUUGCACUAAUACAUUGCUUUUAAAUCCACACUUCAGGGAGGUUAGAGAAUUGGAAAACAGAUAGUUUGCCCCCUUCCUCCCCAUGUCCUCUCUCUGGUUGUCCCUGACUUGUAGCAUUGUGAGAGGCACAAUAGCUCUGUACAUAGGUGUACUUAUCGUCUGUAGUCAGGAGAUGUGUAGAGGUCAAUGUGAUGUGUAAAUGUCUUGAAAGAUGUUUUACGAUUGUACAUACUGUAUUAUGUGCUAUUUGUUUGCUGCAUGAGGAAUUAAAGGAUUUUUGAUCUGGUGUAAUUUA